AGCAGAGGGGCACAGGAAGUAAAGGGAAUAGGAUGCUUUCAGAGGAAGACUGGCCGCAGAGUAUGGACCUUAACCUGGGAUGGCUGUAAAUCUGUGCAGCUAUGCCAUGUCUUCAAGAACCUGCUAAUUAGAAUCCUGAGCAGACACUGAACAGGCUCAUACCUCUUUCAUGCUUUCAGAUGAACAAUCUUUUUUAGGGCAUGAGCAAAUUGCUGGUCCAGAUAAGUAGUCUCAGUCACCUUGGUGAAAUCACUUGAAGAUAUGGUGAUUCCAGCUGAUCCAAAUUAAAAUACCUUUUAAAUUAAAAUGGCUGGCCUGAUCCGUUUAGCUACUUUUUUGUGUGUAAAUAGUAUUUUUAUGACAAAGGCAAUAAAUACUUUGGAUGAACUAAGAUCAGAUACCUAUUAUAGUGCCCUUAUGCCUGGGAAGACAUCACUACUUUAUUUCACUAAUCCAGCUUUUCCUAGUAAUAUUAUUUUCCUGGAUGAACUCCAAAAGUCUGCUGGGGCUCUUCAAGACUAUGGGAUUUCCGUCGCUAAGGUUAAUUGUAUGAAAGAAGACCUACUAAAGUACUGUGGGGAGGAGAAUGCAUAUUUGUUUAGGGGUGCUAAGUUAGUAAGGGAAUUUCCAACAGAUGCACUUUUUGAUGUUGAUUCUAUCGUGGCCAAUGUCUUAUUUGUUCUCCUUUAUAAUGAAGUUAAAUACAUAACCACCUCUAUGGAGCACCAAAAUAUUGAAAGUGCUAUGAAAGGGAAAAAAGACUUAAUUUUUGCCUACGUUCAAGCAAUAGGAAUACCAGAACAUAGAUCGGUUAUGGAGACUGCGUUUGUUUAUGGAUCCAAAUACCAAUUUAUUUUAACCACAGAAACAAAGUUAUUGGAAAACAUAAGCGCCAGUCUAGACAGCUCAAGGCUGUUUUUUAGCCAUUGCAAAGGAAUAAAAACCCACUCUCAGGAGUGUCCUAGAACAAUUCUGGAGCAGCCAAUCACUACAGUGAAUAUCCAUCGCUUCUUGAAACUUAUGGAUGCACCUCUUGUGAUGGACAUUUCUGGAGAUCCUGAAAAAGUUACAAGUGUUCACCUGCAACUUGGCUUGCCGAUGGUUUUUAUUCUCAGUCAGCAAGAAACCUACGAGUUUGAUAGAACAACCGCAGAACAUGUGGCCUGGCAGCUGUUGGGAAAAGCAGGGAUAGGGAUACUACUGAGGGAAAAAGCUCAUUCAUCAGUUCCAACAAAUUGUAAUGUCGCAGUGAAAAGACCAAACGAGGACAGUCCCGUGCAAUACAUGACGAUGGAAGAAACCCAAGAAAUUAGAAAUAUUAUUGAAAAGUCUAACAUGGAGCAGUAUAACAAAUCUGAAGAGACAAGUGUCUUUGCUACUCAAGAGAUUCAAGAUGACGAAGUUGCAGAAGCUGUGUAUAGAGACAGAAAGCGGACCCUGCCCCUUCAUCUAGUGCCCUCGUUAACAGAUGAAAAUUUCAAGCAUGUGUUGACAAACCCCCCUAUGUCAAUGAUUUUGUACUAUGCAAGCUGGGAAGCAGUAUCAUUGACUUUACUGCAGACAUUUGUUCAUAUGGCUGAAAAGUAUAAAGAUACACUGGAUAUGAUUUUAGCCAGAGUGAACUGUGCAGAUUGGCCAAAUAUUUGCAGUGAGCAAAAUGUUAGUAACAUCCCGGUGGUAAAGAUCUACCAAAUGGGGAAAGAGCCAUUGGAAUACACUGGUAUGCUGGGCGCUGAGGAGCUAUUCAGAUUUAGUAUGCUAGCCAAGGUAGACUGCCCUUUAGAGUUGUUUUCUUAUGAGGAGGCAGAACAGUUUCUCAGUGGAAAGCUUAAUCAGUUCUUGCUACCUUAUCAUAAUCUUUCAGUGUUGGGAAUCUUUACCAAAAAUACAAAAGAAGUUGAUUCAUAUUUUAAUGCUGGCAAAAGUCUGUGGGGCUUUGCAAGCUUGGGAAUUUACUAUGAAGAUAAUGCCAUGAUCAUGUCAAAAAAAUAUGGCAUAACUCCCCCUGCUCUACUUUUUGCUAGGCAUGACACUAACCAAGUACACAGUGCUACUCUCCAGCAUACUGCCGAAAGGGAUAUCAUUAACACUGUCAGGAUGGAAUUACUCAGAGAGUUUCCAGAAAUCACAAUGGAAAAUUUCCCAACAUUCUUCAUGCAAAAAAAGCCUUUAUUGGUUUUAUUUUCCAAUUGUAACCCAACCCAGAGUGAUGAAAAACACAUUUUGAACUUGGUGAGAGGAAGGUAUCUGGAUCAGUUCUUGGCUUGCUGGCUAAACCUGAAGAAUACUCCAGUGGGCGUUGGAAUACUGCAGCGGUACUUUGGCAUAGUACCAAGUUUACCACAACUUGUUCUUAUUGAUUUUGAUUCCUUAGGUCAGGUCUUCUCAUUUCCUUUAGAUCACCAUCUUACUGAUGUAAAUAUUUUGUAUUGGUUGGAGAUGAUAAAAGCAGGAGCGGAAUUGCCUGUCUAUAGUUUAUCCAAUGAAGACUGGAAACCACCACUUCCCGAUUACAAUUUCCUUGAUGUGAUGGAUGCAGAAGUCCCAGGCUUUGCUGCACAGAAGAUACGUAUUCAAAUGAAGCCCAACAGAAGGCAAAAAGUCGAAGAUUCUCCAGAGGGAGUUGAAGAAGAAAGCGAAGCCAAGCAGUAUCCUCCAGGCUCAAGUUUACGUGGAACUGUGCCAAAGUUUAUAGAACAGGGAAAAAAGUUCAGAAGUCAUACAGAGUUAUGAUCUGAGUGGUGUGUGAAACACAAAAUAAAUUGUGGAAAAUCCCUACUUUGAGAAGUUUUUUCUUUUAUAUCAUAGACACCAUUAUUUAAAAACGUUCCAUAGUUUGCUUUUUUGAUAUUCAAGCCUUUUUUUAGUUUUUAGCAUUGUGUCUGAAGGUUUUUAUGUUGAGCUUAUUUGUUUUGUUUUGUGUUGUUUAUUUAUCAAAUUCUUUGUAAAUUUAUAUUGAUUUGCAAAAGUACUCAGACCACUGACCAAUUAUUUUAUUCUCCUGAAUAACAAAUUCUUUGAUGAAAAUGUUAUCUUGUCGAUAUUGUUAUUUCAAAGCACUGAGACACAACAUCAUAUUUAUUCUGUUCUGUUUGCAUAAGUAUUUUAUUCCCCACACUUUAACAGUGCAUGUUGCUCUCAGUGGCCUCAAAGAAGGUGUUUAUUUCUAGCUUUGAUGCAAGUUUGGUUGCAUAAAAACCAGCUUUACUGCCAAAAAGAGCCUCCUGUAGGCUGCCAGUCCACAUAGGGGCUACCAAAUAGCCAACCACUGCCCUUAUUUGGUAUCCACAGGUCCAGUUUUCAUGCUUGUGUUGCUCCCCAACUCUUUUUUCAAUGAAUGUGGCUCAUGGGGACCCCCCUCUUUUAAGCAACAGUAGCACCACAAUAAUAAACUACAAUUUAGUCAAGUUGAAUAGGGCAAAAAGGCACACUUUUACAUAGUGGAUAACAAGCUCUGUAGAAUACAGUGGGUUUAUUUCUUACACAAGAUAAACAGGGUUCAAAUGUCAUUCAUGGCUCUCUACAGGACUAUAGAAUGAAAACCUUUUUCAUAUAAAACAGGACAUUGCUUGUUUGUAACUGCUGGAUCAACAGAUACAAACUUGAAAAGAAAAAAAAAAUAUUAUUGCUUUAAUAUGUUACUGGUUCUUUAUGUGUGUAGAGCCACCUUUUGCACAUUAUAACGACAUUUUUAACAGUUGUAAGUAUGUACCAGAUUUGCACACUGAGUGGGAGAUUUGCUUUAGAUCCAGGGUAGUAGAAUUAUACUUGUGCCCCAUAAUGUUUGUUUUGGUGCCAACAAUACUUUGGUUUGGUUUCAGAUGAGGCCAGAACGAUGGCCACUGGCCAUAGUAGCCCCAUUGGUACCACUAUCAUUAUCAUCAUAUUUCAGUGGGGAAAUAACCCAAAAUAACCAAAAGCAACAAAGUAACAGUGAGGCAGCUCAAUGCAAAGCGCUGGUUCUACAAAAUACUAAAGUAUGAGGAAUGAAUGCAAACAGCGUAUUUUAGAUCUUUAUACUGUAUACAUUUUUGUUAUAUUAAACAGUCACAAAUAUUCUCAUUGCUUUGAAAUAAAAAAAAAUAUUUUAGAAUUUGAAAUUAAAAACUGAAAUCAGAAACUGGCCUUGGGUCCUUAUAGUCUUGCACUGCCCUUUAUAUAUCUUAUAUUUAAAGCAUAAACUGAGUAAGCCAUAUUAGAGCAAUGCUGCAGAACUUUUCCUGCAAGGACCAAAUAUCUAACAAUGAUAAUUCAGUAUUAAAUAUUAAUUAAAUUGUUGUAUUGUUUAAUAAC